AUGCCAUCUGCGCUGGCCAACGGAAGUGAUACCCAUGUCCUGCGCGCUCGCGCAUUGCGAGCUGCAGAACAGCUAGAUCGAUAUUUGCCGAGCCAACCGAGUCAGGAAAAGUUGUCGUCGGCUCCUUCGAGCGGACUCUCAACGCCGGUCGCCGACGAUGCGCCGCCUUCCGUACAGUCCAUAUCAUCCGCAAGGAAGCAAGUCCGUGCCCAGGCGAAGACACGAUUAUUCUACAAUAUUGACUAUCAGCCCCGUUUGUCCCACUUUGAUCCGAACUCUGACAACCAGAACUUUCGGGGCUUCUUUGUUCUGUUCUGGAUCAGCCUAGCUAUCAUGGUUAUCACGACGGUGUUGCGCAACGUGAAGGAUACGGGAUAUCCGCUGCGGAUGCAGGUUUGGCUGCUGUUUUCGGCCAAUGUGUUCCAACUGGCGCUCUGUGAUCUUGCUAUGGUUGUAAGCACUGGCGUGACUUUGCCAUUGCAUCGUGCCAUCAGCUCGAGCAAGGGGUGGCUCCGGUGGAAUCAAUAUGGGAUCGUCGUUCAGAGCUCUUUCCAGCUUGUCUGGUUGACCAUUUGGGUCGCGUUACCUUUCAUGUUGGAUUGGACGUGGACCGCCCAAGUUUACCUUACCCUGCAUACAUUGACGCUUUUGAUGAAAAUGCACUCAUAUGCCUUCUACAACGGCCAUCUGAGUGAGACCCAACGACGCCUUUCGUCGCUAGAUAAGCCAGACUCGGAUUCCCUGUCCGCAGCUAUCCGAUAUCCGAAGUCCCCCAUCCGAGCCGCCGAAGAGAACUCCGAGAUAGGGGUGUCAAACGACAAGCGAGACUGUAAGCAACCCGUAUCCAAACUUCGCUCAGACCUCGCGACGGAGCUCACCUCACCCCUUGGUCAUGUGACAUACCCACAAAAUCUUACCUGGUGGAACUAUAUCGAUUUCCUAUUAUGCCCAACCCUCUGUUAUGAGUUAGAAUACCCACGGACCAAAAAAACGCAAUGGACAAGAGUCCUAGUAAAAGCGUUGGCUGUGUUUGGUUGUAUUUUCUUAUUGACCUUGACAACCGAAGAGUUCAUUGUGCCUGUCCUGAAUGACUCUGCAUAUCGACUACACCGAGCAGAUAGCUGGUGUGAGAAAAGUCUUGUCCUUGCUGAGACGAUCAGCAUGCUUCUAUUUCCCUUCAUGGUUACAUUCCUCCUCGUUUUUCUUGUGAUUUUCGAAUAUGUCUUAGGGGCAUUCGCCGAAAUAACACGGUUUGCGGACCGUCGAUUCUACUCCGACUGGUGGAAUUCCUGCGAUUGCUCGAUUGGGCAUGAGUUAGUCAUGGGAUGCAUUACGAAGAAACUCCGCGGGUACGGGUUUCUUGCAAUGAUGCUUCAGCUGCCUAUUGUUGCAGCGCAGCGAUCAAAAUUCGUCAAGGGACGAAGGACGUUCAAUGUAAUGCUCCCCAUGUAA